GUUACAGCAGCCAUGUGACUUAUGACAUCAUAGGUCCUUCUGAUGGAAUGGAAGUAGCUGUUACACUAUCCGUAUUUAACACGGCUGAUUCACGUAGGCUCCUGUUACUAUGAAGAUCACGUACAAUAAACAUCACUGCGUUUGUCAGUAAAGAAGAAACAUUAUUAGAAUAUCUGAAAAAUUCAGUUGCUGAACAAGACAAUGUCUGACAAAACCGAGAACCACACCUCAGAGCUUCCUGAUGCACACGGAGGGCGUCUAGAGGAAAACCCGGGCACUGGGCUAUUACAUGUGAAGGAAGAGGAUGAGACAGAUGACAUGAAUAGUCAUCAGACUGAAAUACAUUGGUCCCUCCCUGCCGAUGAGGAUAAUGCUGAUAUAGUGAAAGUUGAGAUAACAGAAGAUCUGUGUGUGACGCGUCAGCUGGGAGACCCUGAUGAGAACACAAGUGACAGUAUCAGCCCAGAUGAGGAUAAUGCUGAUAUAGUGAAAGUUGAGAUAACAGAAGAUCUGUGUGUGACGCGUCAGCUGGGAGACCCUGAUGAGAACACAAGUGACAGUAUCAGCCCAGAUGAAGAUAACACUGAUAUAGUGAAAGAAGAGAUAACAGAAGAUCUGUGUGUGAGGUAUCAGAUGGGAACUCUGGAUUUGAAAAACAGUGGCAGUAUCAGCCCAGGUAAGUUUGUGUCUCAGCGAGAUAGGCUACAGAGUCGGACUGUUACACUGGGCUUCCUGGAGACACCGCUGGCCGCCGCCACCAUCAACCGAAGCUCCUGCAGUGACAAUCUGCAUGACCCCACACUCAAAGCUGCACUCAGGAGCAGCGAGUUUAAGCAGGAGAGCAAGAGCCCAGAUCUGGGACACAGCCGGACUCUGAGCCACCAUGCCAGCACAACGCUUGGGAGUGAACUCCCCCUACUUUCAUUGUGGUUUGGGAGCUAUACUGUGGGAGUGUUUGCCGACCAGAGAGUCAGUGAUAUCACAGCGGGUCUGACAACUCUGAGACGUUAA